AUCUUGGAAGAAACCUACAAAAUGGAGUUCAUGUACAGCGGGGUGGAAAGCAGACAAGUGGUCAUCAUCCACCACAUGAGACUGCAGGCAAAGGCCUUACAGCUGAUAGUGACUGCACGUACCACCAGAGGAGUGGAACCUCUUUUUGGGAUGUGUGAGAAGUUCCUGCAAGAAGUGGAUUCCUUUCAGAGAUGUUUCAUCUCUGAGCUCCCACACAUGCAGGGCAGUUUUGUGGAUAAACUGCUGGACUUAAUGCCCAGACUUGUGACAUCCAAACCUUCAGAAGUGGUCAAGAUUCUUCAGACAACGCUGCGACAAAGCACCUUCCUCCACCUUCCUCUUCCAGAGCAGCUCCACAGAGCUACUGCGAAUAUCAUCGAGCCCACUGGUGAAUCUGACAAUCCCCUGAGGUUUACCUCGGGGCUGGUGGUGGCUCUGGAUGUUGAUGCAACUCUGGAACACGUGCAGGAUCCCCAAGGAACUGUUAAAGUUCAGGUGCUGUAUCCAGAUGGACAAGCACAGCUCAUCCAUCCUAAACCAGCUGACUUCCGAAACCCUGGCCCGGGGAGGCACAGGCUGAUAACUCAGGUUUACCUCUCGCACACAGCCUGGACAGAGCCCUGUCAGAUUGAAGUGCGGUUGCUGCUGGCUUACAAUUCCAACCGGAGCAAGGCAGCUGCUAAAGUGCCCAAAUCUGCCUGGAACGAGAGCUUGGAGACUCUCCCACCAUCUGAAAAUGGCAUAGAGGGAACCAUCCCCUUCAGCAAACCUGUCAAGGUGUUCAUAAUGCCCAAACCUGCCAGGCGGUGA